CGCCUCGGGGGAGGAGCCGAGGGGCGGUGCGGAGGCUCGCGGCGGAGCACAGCCUGCUUCUGUCGCCGCACGGGCAGCUGCGGCUCGGGGACUGCCGGACGGAGCCAGGGCCGGGAGCCGCUCGGGGCAGGCUCGGGAGAGCGGGCCCCGCCAUGAGGCCCCAGCCCCGCAGGAGCCCCUGUGCUCCCCCAGUCCCCGGCGCACCGCGCUAGCCCCCAGCCAGCUGGCAAGGGGAGGUGCCGUGGCCAUGGCCAGCCACGUGGACCUGCUGACGGAGCUGCAGCUGUUGGAGAAGGUGCCCACGCUGGAGCGGCUGCGUGCCGCCCAGAAGCGCCGGGCCCAGCAGCUGAAGAAGUGGGCCCAGUACGAGCAGGACCUGCAGCACCGCAAGCGCAAGCAUGAGCGGAAGCGCAGUGGCGGCGGCCGGAGGAAGAAGGUGACCUUUGAGGCCAGCGUGGCCCUGCUGGAGGCCUCAUUGAGGAACGACACCGACGAAGUACGCUACUUCCUGAAGAAUAAGGUCAGCCCUGAUUUGUGCAAUGAGGAUGGACUCACAGCCCUGCACCAGUGCUGCAUCGACAACUUUGAGGAAAUCGUCAAGCUGCUCCUUUCCCACGGUGCCAACGUGAAUGCCAAGGACAAUGAGCUGUGGACGCCGCUGCAUGCUGCGGCCACCUGUGGCCACAUCAACCUGGUGAAAAUCCUCGUUCAGUAUGGGGCUGACUUGCUCGCUGUCAACUCUGAUGGAAACAUGCCGUAUGACCUCUGCGAGGAUGAACCCACCCUGGAUGUCAUCGAGACGUGCAUGGCUUACCAGGGCAUCACGCAGGAGAAAAUCAAUGAGAUGCGGGCAGCUCCUGAGCAGCAGAUGAUUGCGGAUAUCCACUGUAUGAUUGCAGCAGGCCAGGACCUUGACUGGGUAGAUGCCCAGGGUGCCACACUGCUGCAUAUAGCUGGAGCCAGUGGGUACCUGCGGGCAGCAGAGCUUCUCCUGGACCAUGGAGUGCGUGUGGAUGUGAAGGACUGGGAUGGCUGGGAGCCCCUGCACGCGGCUGCAUUCUGGGGACAGAUGCAAAUGGCAGAACUGUUGGUGUCGCAUGGGGCCAGUCUCAGUGCCAGGACAUCCAUGGAUGAGAUGCCAAUAGACCUGUGUGAGGAGGAGGAGUUCAAGGUCCUGCUGCUGGAGCUAAAACACAAGCAUGACGUGAUCAUGAAGUCACAGCUGAGGCACAAGUCAUCUUUGAGCCGGAGGACGUCCAGCGCGGGCAGCCGUGGGAAGGUGGUGCGUCGGGCCAGCCUGUCAGACAGGACCAACCUGUACAGGAAGGAGUAUGAGGGAGAGGCCAUCCUGUGGCAGCAGCGGAGUGCCACCGAGGAGCAGCGGACUUCAGCCUACAACGGGGACAUCCGAGAGCCCAGGACAGACCAAGAGAAUAAGGACCCAAAUCCCCGGCUGGAGAAGCCCGUGUUGCUCUCUGAGUUUUCUACCAAGAUCCCACGCAGUGAAAUGGACGGGCCUGUUGAGAAUGGCCUCCGGGCUCCGGUCAGUGCCUACCAGUAUGCACUAUCCAAUGGGGACGUCUGGAAAGUGCAUGAGGUGCCUGACUACAACCUGGCCUAUGGCAGCCCUGGUGUGGCUGAUGCUACCCCACCCUGGAGUGGCUACAAGGAGCAGAGCCCCCAGACGCUUCUGGAGCUGAAGCGGCAGCGGGCUGCAGCCAAGCUGCUCAGCCAUCCCUUCCUGAGCACCCACCUGGGCAGCAGCAUGGCCAGGACGGGCGAGGGAAGCAGUGAAGGCAAGGCCCCCUUGAUUGGAGGCAGAACUUCACCAUACAGCAGCAAUGGGACCUCCGUGUAUUACACGGUCACCAGUGGGGAUCCCCCGCUCUUGAAGUUCAAGGCCCCCAUGGAGGAGAUGGAAGAGAAGGUCCACGGCUGCUGCCGCAUCUCCUAGUCUCCAUGGGAGGGAGGGAAAGAGAUGCUUCAGGGAGGGGUCCCUGGAGUCCAGGCCAGCCCAGCAGCCCUGGCUGGGGAGGCAUCAGAGGGCAGCUUGGGGGAGGUGGGCUCUGCCUUCCAGAGGAGCUCUGACUCCACGUCCCAUCCAGCUGCCUAUAGGAUCACCAUUUCCCGCGGCUCUGCUUCCUGCUGCAUCGUCUGCUGUCCGAAACAAGGCCCCUAGUGACGUCCUGACUCACCCUGCUGUCAGAUUUGGGGAAGACGGGCUGGGAUUCCAGUUCUGUUGUUGUUAAAGGCUUCUCUGGACCAGUACCCACAUGUCGCAUAUCAACACGCACAUGUUCACACUCAAUCAACUUGUAGAAAUGGCACAGCUGGCCUCAUGGGAAGCAGGUGGGACAGAGAAUCUGUGGACUUUUCCCAAGAAGAUUGAAAUUAAGACCCAGAGUUUCAUCAGCGCUGCCAAUGUGGCUUUAGCAGGGGUGGGGCCUGCUAAGCUGAGACCCGUAGUCCUGCCAUGCCAUCCACAUCUAGCAGGAACAGGAGGUCCUCUCUGUUCAGCGGGAGCUGUGAACCCAUGUGGGGUAGAUAACCCCCAGCCUUGCCCAGGCAGGAGCCAGCUGUGUGACUGCCCAGGGGCUCAGGUGGAAAACCAGGCUGUUCUAUUCCUGGAAUAAUCCAAAUCACAUUCUGCUCUUAGACAGAAGUAUCAGAAGGUGGAGGGGAGGGGGGGCAAAGUUAGCACUUCCCAAAGUGUAUUUGAUAAGAGUUAGGUUAUAAAACCCUAGGUAGGAGGGAACUGAACUUGCUUUCUUUCAUGGAUAACAUCACGGCCACUAGAUUUUAUUCACUGUUUUUGGAAAAAUGAAGCUAAGUGAGGAGCUUCAGUUAGAGGGGCUUUUCCAAGGAGAGGGGUGAAUUCAUGUUGUUAAUUUCUGCAAACAUGUCCGGUAACCAUGACAGAGCCCAGCGCCCUGGCUGAUCUUUGUGAGUAUUUAGACAGUCUGGCCUAUGUCAGCAAGCCUUCCUCAGACUGAGCCAUCAGUGAGCAGUGAGGGGCUACCGGGGCACCCACCGCUCCCAGAGUGAGUGCUCAGGACCCUGGCCCGGCUUUGCCUGUUCUGGGAUGCUCGGUGAGAACAGUUUGCCGGUUGGCCCUUGUGAGUUCCUCCCUGGCCCAGGAGUCUCCCAGCUUGCCCCCGCCUGAAGCAGUGACACCCCAUGGCUGCAGACCCAAGGUGACCACGGCCAGCACCCUGCAGUGUAUUCUGCAGUUGGUCUCACCCCAGCUUGACAAUUUCACAGCCCCAGUCUCCCUGAUGCUGCUGGGGCGGGGGUGUUGAGGGGACCACAAGAGGCGGGCUGCCUGCCACCUGCCCACUGCGUUCUCUCAUGAGCCCCUUAGAAAUUGUUCCCUGUGAGUUGGGUGCUGUCUACAGGCUCAGCCAAAACCUAUUGGUAUAACUAACAAGCUACAGGUUUGUUCCAGGCUCUGUGCACCUUUGGUUUGUCCUAAAACUACCUCUUUAGAGCUCAGAAGGGACCCCCUAGGUCCAGAUUCUGGGGAUUGGGGGGGAAAUCUGGCUUCCUUUUUUUUCCUUCUUUCUGAGCCUAUGACCAGUUCUCCCUGGGGGCACCUGGGCCAGGGAGCUGGGGCUGGAGGAACCCCGCCUUGUGCCACAUUCUGGUAAUGGGGCCCGCUGCUGAUCAGCUCCAGUCCCCACUGUGGCCCCCAUGGCCCCCCCGGCCCAGAGAAGGAUUUGGAGCCCAAGGGGCCUACCCAGGAGCAGGGCAGCCGGGCCAGAGAGCAGAGCGCUCAGGGGAGUCCCUCUGCUCCUGGUGGCUCCUGGAUACAGGGAGGGUCACAGCACCCAGCCACCCCCACCCCAACUCCAGGACAGAUCUGGUCCAGGGUGGAGGGGCAGCUCAGGAGAUGGCAGACAGGUGUGAGUGAAGCCGCUCACAUCCCUGGAGCCUGGGGUGGGCCUUCCAUCAUCUCAGCCUGCUGGUUGGAGCAGGGUGGGGGUGAUCCAAAACCCACACACUUCGGCUUUAAAGCAGUGUUCAGAUCAGACCGACACUGAAAUUCCUCUUGAGCUGACUUUAGCUGCAAGCAGGGGAGGGCCUAGAGAAGCCGUAUGCUCCGAGGAGAGGGCUGUGCAGGGCAUUCCAUCUAUUUUCUCGGGGUCCAGAGACUGUCUGGCAUUGACUGCUCACUCUGAGCCCUUCUGGCCAUUCCCUCCUUUCCUCUUGCUUCCUGCCACUUGGGACAUUCCUUUACCACCCAGCAGGCUGGAAAUCCUAGCUGAUUCCCCGAUGGGAGCCAACUGCAAACGUCUGGGCAUUAGCUCUCAUUUCAGUCAGGGAUAAGCCAUUCCCCGUUAGGGCAUCAAGUACCUGGGGAGCUUUCCCUGUGGCUCUCCUUGGUGUUGAGGGGCAAGCUGGGGCCAGGGUCAUUCAUUUAUUCACUCAUGUUCAUUACUGAGUAGCUGCAACAUACCAGGCACUGUCUUAGGUUCUGGGGAUAAAGGAGGACUGGGAUAGAGUGAGGAGGCUGCUCUUUACAGUGUUUCUCACUUGAGGACCAUGAAUAUCAGCAGCCCCAUUCAAUUUGCCUGAAACAGAGUGACUGGUUCCUGGCCAGAAUCCCUUUGCUUUUCAGUUCCUAGAAUCCCUACACCUGAGAAACCAUUAUCAUGGCCACCUGUGGAUAACAUUUGCCACUGAAUGCAGGUGCUGGAUCUUGAAUUCCAAGCAGACACCAUCCCAAGUCUUUCAGGAACUUUCAGGAAUAGCUGCCUUCAAGCCAGCAUCUAUGGGGCACUAUAAAAUAGCAGUUUGAGGUCAGUGUCUAGAAGAACAAGGAGUCUGUCUGCACUUUGCUGCCAAAUGCAUCUCAGGUUCUUAAACUCAUUGUCUCUUACUCAUUUUUGCUCAUUUAUUAGGUAGUUCUUCUCCCCCGCCAAUGGAUAAUGGGAGGAAAGGGAGCUUCUCCUUUAACAUCAAAGCCUUUCUUCAGGAGUCGGCCUCUCUUCCCAGCAGGUGUGGAUCUAGGAGUUGGAAGAAAGCUGGCAAGGUAGACCAGAUGCCCAGCUCCCACUGAGACCCAGGUCUGGUGGCAGUUCCUGGCAGAUUAAAGGAGGCUACUUCUAAAGCAUGUGCCACAUGGCUCAUUGUAACCUCUGACCCUUGCUUCCAAUUUAUGCCCCAGACAACUGAAAGUUGGUGGCUAUCACUAGUUAGUGAGUUUCUGGCCAGUGGCUCAGGGAAGCUGAAUCAACUCUAGACACAAGCCUACUGAAGGCGAUACGAUGUAAUUCUUUAAAUAUCGCAGCUUUGAUGAAACUGCUCUGUGCUGUUUGAUCAUUGUCAAUGGGCUUAGAAAAGUUAACAAGUGUGUGUCCCCUGUCCUACCCUACCACCGUUUCCUGGCUUUGUAAUAACAUGAGAGCGUUUUGGUUAUUGGUGUCAGACACCUUUUGAUCCUGAGCUUUCUCUCUCACUUGCUUUCCCAGAACAGGACGCUGGGGCACUUCCAGGAGUGCGCUUCUUACAAGAUGCUCAGAAGGACUGUAUUUAAUUCUUGCUAUUGUAGCCUGGAGACAGUCUCCCUUCCCCCAGGGAACGUAAGAGCAAAGGGUCACAUGGUCAGUGGGUGGUUCCGCAGAAGUGACCCUCUUUGCCAGAAGCUAUAGCCCUCUCCACGCUAGAAGUUUCUUAUUGGCCAGUUGGUUAGAGGGCCUGCUUCCCACAGGCAUUGCAAGUGCCACUGUGCGGGGCCUGGCUCUGCACACCCAGCAAAAGUUUGCAGACCCCCAGCCCUCCGCAAUAAUUCAUCAGACCAGAAGCCACUGAUGUACAGAGAACACUUAAGAAAAAUGUAUUUUAUGUGAAAAAAAGUUAAAACUCUGUAUACUGUAUCAGCAGCUUUGUGUAAAAAUGGCAAUCAAGAGAGUCUAAUAUAUUUAAAACCUUUUUUAAAAAAAUCCUUGCUGAUCUUUGAUAUUGUAUUGAAGUAACUUCCAGGUAGCUUCCUGCCACAUGGCAGUGGUGGGCCUUGUGUCCAAGACCACGGCUCAUCCACAUCCCAAUGGGGCACAUCCCUGGUGUUGCUUCCAGCUGCCAAGGCCUGUGACGGAAUUCGCUGUUAAGAGUUUUUAAUUAAGAUUAUUAAAUUCCUUUUAAUAACA